UUAACUUUGAAAAAAAAUAUAAAUAUACUAUAAAAGCUAAAAGUUUAUAACAUAUCUUUUAUAUUUACAUAAAGGUCUAGAACUAGGCGUUGAAAAGAAGGAGACCACAGAGGACUCCAAAACAGGUGAAGAACUAUUUAUUGAAGAUCAGAGGAACAUGGCGAUCCCAAAAACAUAUGAAGAACUAGGCAUUGAAGAGAAGAAAAAGAAGAGAACCCUCUUCAUGCUGUGCUGCCGUGCAACCAGACAUCUACGUGUUCGAGUAUUUUGUGUACUAAUUAUCUUCUAUCAUAUAACUGUUGUCGAUUACCAGAUGGCAAUACACAAAGACAUUGCAUACUUGGGCUUUCUAGCAAUUGACGUCAUCACCAUUAUCCUAUUUAUUGCGUCAUUUACAUUGUCAUGUUUUCGUUUCAAUGGUUCGAAUGCCAAGCUACUGAAGAAAACAAACAUUUGGAUAGAUGUGCUUUCGUGGUUUCUGUAUUCGGCCACUGUGAUGAUUAAGUCGAUUAUAAUAUUCAGUGAUUUCGAAGAAGAAAACCUCAUUUUCGGGCCGAAUUCCGUAAAAACUGCUUUUGCUGUAGUAGGAGUCGUCUUUGUGCUUCAUCUUUCUACCCUACAUGACGCAAAGCCUGAUUUGGUGAGGAAGGCAUACAUUAAAUCACUAUCGAUGAGUGUUAUUUAUGAUAUCCUGGACUGUGUAGACAGCAUGGAACCACUCUUUAUUAAGGAGGAUCGUGAAGAGUUCUCACCAGGUCUCAUAAAAGCCAUAGUGACUGUAGCCUCCUUAAAUUUUGUCCUUCCAACCAUACCUCUUGUUACCUUGUCGCUUACACAAUUCGGACAAGGCAAGUUACCCAGACGUUUGAUUUUGUUACAUAAGAUUAUCCUUGCAUACAUCAUUAAUCUUCCACUGUUGGUCAUUAGACUGUUUUUAUGGCAUGAAUUUGACCAAGGCAUCUCCGUAUUUUCUUUAAAGAAUUUGAUUGUGAUCGUGGCAAUGUCAUACAAAUUUUACAAACAUUAUGAGAAGAAAAAACUGAAAGAUCAAGACGUUGAGGACAAAGCAGAAAUUAAACCAGAUGAUGUUUUAACUGCAUAGGACAGUUUUUUUUAUCGGGCAAUCAAUUAAUAUAUUUUUUUCAGAUUAGCUUAACCUUAAGCCACUGAGUUCGAGGGUUUAUAUGUGAAAGUACUGUGAACUCCGAUCCUUUCUUUUUUUAUUCAAGGCAUUAUUUUUUCCCCGAUUUUUCCUAAGAAUUCUUUAUCAUUAUCCCCGGCAGACCAAUACCCAUUUGAUUAUUGUUUAUAAAAUCA